AUGACAGCGGCUUCUUCAACCUCUGAUGUAACUAGACUUGUAGAUCAGCCCCUCUCAUUUGAGCUUGAAAGGCAGAACGGGCAUGCGUCAACAUCAGGCUCUACAGCACCACAGAGCAAAUGGUACGAUGCAACUUUUCACACGAUCACCGCAGUAGUUGGUGUGGGGGUGCUAUCGCUUCCAUAUGCCUUCUCCUACCUCACGUGGACUGGCGGUGUAAUCGCCCUGGCGGUGACAACAGCAACCAGCCUCUACACCGGGUACCUGCUAGCAGCACUGCACGAGGACAAAAACGGCCACAGGCAUAAUAGAUACAGGGAUCUGGGGAGGGCUAUCUUUGGGGAGAAGUGGGGCAAUUGGGCGAUUGCCCCAUUCCAGUGGUCUGUGCUGGUGGGCCUGGCCAUCACAUACACUGCUACUGCAGGCCAGAGCCUCCAGGCAGUGCACAGCAGCACGUGCAACAACGCUGUGUACAAGGCGGUUGGAGCGGGGCGGACUGAUAGGAACUGUUCUAGUGCAUUGGCCUGGUGGACGAUUGUCUUCUCCUUCUUCGAGCUAUUUCUGUCCCAGAUAAAGGACUUCCACUCCCUCUGGUGGGUAUCGCUGCUGGGGGCGGCCAUGUCAGCGAUGUACUCAACGCUGGCAUUUGCAACAUCGGUGGCAGCUGGGUCGGAGGGCGCCAGCUACGGGCCACGCCAGGAGAGCCCGGCCGCACUCAUACUGGGAGCGUUCAAUGCGCUGGGCACCAUCAUGUUUGCCUUUGGCGGCCAUGCCAUCCUGCUGGAGGUGCAGGCAACGAUGCAGACGCCGCCGUCAGCGCUCAAGUCGAUGAUGCGCGGCCUGGGUGCGGCCUACACGGUGGUAGUGAUCGCGUACUUCCCUGUGGCGAGCGCGGGGUAUGCGGCGUUUGGGAAUGUGGUGUCCCCGGACGUGCUGCUGUCCGUGCGCAAGCCUGCCUGGCUCAUCAGCAUCGCCAAUUUCAUGGUGGUCAUCCACCUGGCAGCCUCCUACCAGGUGUUUGCGCAGCCAAUAUUCGAGACGGCGGAGGGCUGGCUGGCGGCGCGCAAGCACCGGCUGGUGGAUCGGCCGAUAGUGACGCGCGCGAUCGUGCGCUGCAGCUACGUGGCACUCACCUGUUUCGCGGCCAUCCUCAUCCCAUUCUUCGGCGACCUCAUGGGGCUGGUGGGUUCGUUGGGACUGAUGCCGCUCACUUUCAUUCUGCCGCCCGCCCUUUGGAUCAAGGCGACAAAGCCCAAGGGCCCGGAGCUGUGGUUCAAUGUGGCGCUCAUGGUGGUGUAUGGGGUUGCGGGAGUGCUGGCAGCCAUCGGAUCUGUGUACAACAUCGUUGUGCACGCACAUGAGUAUCACACUGUGGGCUGA